UCUGACCAAGCCGAUAACACACCGUAAGAUGCUGAUUUCCAGUGACAACUCUUUCUUGGUCUCCACCGACGUUCUGGGCCAUUUCUUCCAUCGGAAAUGCAAGUGUCCCUGGCCAGCUUUGCUUGGGAUGUCGGAAUCCAUUUUCCAACCCUAAUUUUAUAUGGACGAGAUGUCCUGUCGCCGUGUCUUUUUGGACAUUCAUGGUUCAUCUGUCCUUUCUCGAACCCGAUAGCUCCUAUGGCCUAGGGAUGUCCUGUCGUUAACGACCGUUACUAUUCAUUAGUGUUUAAUGAUUUCUAUUUUAUCAGUUACCACCGCCAAAAAAUGUCAUCAUACACUGGCCUAGGUGCCUUAAUCGAGCUGGAGAAAACUCCCAGCAUCACGAAUCCAGCAGCUGUUGUCCGCAAAGACAAGCAGGGUAUUGCCAGUACACCUUCCGACCAUGAACUGGAUCAAAUGCAAUGGGGAAAGCCUAUGAAGGGGCCCACUGUCACUGUUCAAGGUGCUCACACGCCUCUGACUCCUAGUGAGUUGGAAUCGAGUAACCCGUCUACUCCAACAGGGAAGGGAGCCGUGGACUUGGUCCAGAGCAUAUUUAAUCCACCAAGAAACAAAUGGAGGCUGUUGAGCGUAUGCUUCAUCAACUUCGCCAACGGGCUGAACGACAGUGCUCCUGGUGCGCUUAUUCCCUAUAUUGAAAAAGAUUACAACAUCGGAUAUGCUAUCGUGUCCCUGAUUUUUGUCACCAAUGCAAUCGGCUUCAUUAUCGCGGCGCCUUUCACCCAUGCGCUUGAGUCUAAGUUGGGCCGCUCGAGAUGUUUCAUUCUAUCGCUCUCACUGCUUGCAACUGCAUAUGUGAUCAUUAUAUGCAAGCCGCCUUUCCCGGCGAUCGUGGCAAGCUUCUUUCUCCUAGGUUUCGGGAUGGCUAUCAACCUUGCCCUGGGCAAUGUCUUCUGCGCCAACCUUUCCAACAGCACCGCUGCGCUUGGUGGCAUGCAUGGAAGUUAUGGUAUUGGAGGUGUGAUAGGACCCCUGGUCGCAACUGCCAUUGCUUCACAUGGUGUCCGAUGGUCCUUUUACUAUGUUCUCAACUUGGCGACCGCACUGUUUAAUCUUGUUUUCUCGGCCUGGGCCUUUAAAGGCUAUGAGAAGGAAUCAUCCGUGCGGCUCAUAACAGCGCUUCAGAAAACGGCAUCCCGCCAAGAGACGACAGAAGAAGAAGAAGGUACCAGCAAGAAGGGCCUGCUGAAGCAGGCUGUGAAAAGCAAGGUGACCCUCCUGGGCGCCUUGUUCAUCUUCGCUUACCAGGGCGCCGAAGUUUCGACGUCCGGCUGGGUCGUGUCUUUUCUUAUCAGCUAUCGCAAGGGGGAUCCCUCCAAGGUCGGAUAUGUCAGUGCUGGUUUUUGGGCGGGUAUCACCCUUGGCCGUUUUCUGCUGUCGCACCCGGCGCAACGCAUCGGAAGGAAACUUGCCGUCGUGGUGCUCGUUGCUGGCUCAGUUGCGUUUCAGUUGAUGACAUGGCUGAUCCCCAACGUCAUUGGCGAGGCCGUAACCGUUGCUAUCCUGGGGUUGCUUUUGGGUCCCAUCUAUCCCUGUGCGACUGCUGUCUUCAGCAGUCUCCUUCCUCGCAAUAUCCAGAUGUCCAGUUUGAGUUUCAUCAGUGCGAUGGGGAGCAGUGGUGGAGCAGUGGCACCUUUCUUGACCGGUCUGCUCGCUCAGCGCGCUGGGACUUUUGUCUUGCACCCCAUCUGCAUCGGCUUGUAUGGUGUUAUGGUGGUCGGUUGGGUGUGCUUGCCUCGGCUUCCCAAGAGGUCCGAGUAAUGCACUUCGACUUCAGAAGCGUUGCAGUUAUGCUUCUUACCAAGCAAUUCUACUAUGAGGAGAAAAUUUAUGGGAGUUGUGGCUUUGGCUCUUAUAGAAGUUUCUCAUUUACAAGGAUGAUAUCAGCUGAGCUGGCCUUGUGAUUCCCAGUAUAGAUGGGUUUAUGACGGCGUUAACAGAGGUAUUGAGUCUAUGCGGAAUGGAAAAAGAAGGACUUUAUUCCUAGAUUAGAAGCUUGCGACUAUAGAUACCAUUUAGAAUUUAGAUAGACUUGGGAGUUUCCCUAAUGAUGAGUGUUUUUUUUAUUUUAUUUUUAUUUUUCUCUCUCUUCG